UCCUAAACUAGUGGUAGCCUUUUAUCAACGUCUGAAAUACUAACAUGUUGCGCAAUCUCUGAGAUGAUCUGCAGAAUCUGAUGCUCCAGACUCUACACUAAAAUUUUAGUUCAACAUUCUCACAUACAGCUUUAGUCUCAACGAAAUACUUGCAAAUACAUAUUUCAUAAUGUAAAUUAUUCCACUUACAUGUAAACUGAAAUACUUUUAAUAUUGAGUUCACAAUGCACACGAUACGAAUAUUACCAUAGUGCCAAUUACCGACGAUAAAAGUUCGUACCUACAAUUACGCCUGCUUACAUUAGUUAAAAGUAAACUGCGAUAACGAAAACCAUAUUACACCGAGUUCUAUAUCUAUAAAACUGUGUGAAAUUCGAAAAGUUUGUUUUUAAUAUUCUUUGUACCUGUGUACUUUGUGUGGUGACAAUGCUAUUUUUACAAUACAUCUUAGAAAAUGAAAUCUCUUCUGACAUGAAUGUAUGUAUUAAAAUAAUGAACGAGUUGUAAUUACAAAUUUCGGACAAGUAAACACGAAAAACUAACGUCGUGUUGCAAGCAACAAGCAACAUGCGAAGUGCGUUAUGCUUCAAAAUAAUAUAAAUUAAUCGUAGUCCGCUGAUAUUAAUUUGCCGUAGAUAGGGGGAAGAUAAGCCAAGAUAAGAUAUUACUCCAAAUUCCGAAGAUUAGACAGCCUCAGUCAAAAACUGCAAUGUAGGUACGUGUUCACAAAAAGUGAUAAUAUCAUAUGUGAUAGUGAGAUGUGAUGUUUCUUGAGUACUUAAUUAAAAGUGAAUAAAAUGAAAAUAAAGUGGAAAAAAAUUAUUCAGUUCAAGUGGUUUAGGCGUCUCUACGUUUUGUACAUUUUCGGAUUUAUUGUGAACUUCAGGCCACCACUCCCAUUUUUCUACGAAUUCCUUAGAACCGACAAAAAUUUUACUGAAGAUGAAGUUGCUCAGGAUAUUUUGCCCGUAUUUUUUUACAGCACUGCGGUACUUCUAUUGCCGGUGUUCUUUUUGAUGGAAUUUCUUAAAUAUAAUCCAUUUAUUAUUAUUUCUACGCUUACUGGUAUUGUGUCUACAUGCCUCUAUAUUUGGACAGAGAGUUUGGUUGAACUACAAGUUGCCCAGGCUUUUUAUGGAUGCAUGACAGCUGCAGAGGUGGCUUAUUACGUAUCUGUUUACGCCCAUGGUGACAUAAAAACUUAUCAAAAAUUGACAGCAUGUGUACGAGCAGCCCCGCUGGUGGCCAGACUUUUUUCGACAUUUUUUGGCCAGCUGCUUGUUUCAGUAGCUUACUUAAGCUAUGAAAAACUUCACUACUUCAAUUUGUCAAGUUUCAUUAUUGCGACGAUUUUAAAUAUCUUCUUGCCGCCCAUUGGAAAUCAAAACGCAGAAAACUCUGAAAAAGUAGAAGAAAAUCAAACCAAAAUCACUUCCAUUUUCUCGAAUCUCGCUCAGGCAUUUCCCAAUAAAUACGUGAUAAAAUGGUCAGUUUGGAGUAUCUUUACGAUUUGUGGAUACAACCAGUUCUCAAUUUACGUCCAACCCCUGUGGCAAUACAUACAAAAAAGCAAUGGAACGUUUGUCUACAAUGGUGUUUUGGAAGGAGUUUACACAAUAUUUGCCCUCACCGGAACCAUCCUUGGAGGAUUUGCCAACUUUGACUGGAAAUUCAAAGGAGAUUUAAUUUUGUCGAUGACGUCUCUAGUGGAAGCGUUUAUGCUGAUUUUUAUGUCUCAAAUUACCAACUAUCUAGCGUUAAACUGUAUGUUUUACGUAAUUUUAGGAUUCAUGUAUCAUUUUAUAAUGACAGUAUUAAGUGCUGAAAUUGCUAAAUUUUUGAAAAAAGGUUGCUUCGGGUUAGUUUUUGGUGUGAUAGCACUGUUGGGGUGGGGACUGAGUUCUGGAAUGGUGUGCUUGUUUAAUGACAGAGUUGGUAUUGAGGUUAGAGACUAUCAGGAUUUGUUAAUGUGGUACGGUUUUUACCAUCUAGGCAUUUCUGUGGCGUUUAUGAUGGUAGGGCUCACUUAUUGGUUUGCCAAACAUACGUAUCAAUAAACUUUUUUAUACUUUUA